AUGUAAUAAAUAUAUAACCCAGAUGAAAGGAUAAAUAUUGAAUUAUUUUUGGCUGCUAGAGAGCUUCCCAAUCUUGAAUUCUUAUCCAAGAGUGACCCCUAUUUAGAAUUGUAUUAUUCCCUCUAAGGAGAGCCAGAGAUUUGUUUAGGCAAAACUGAAACAGCUGAAUGCAACUUAGAUCCCAAUUGGGAAAAAUCAUUUACUAUUGAAUACUAUCCAGAUUUAAUUCAAAUACUAAGAUUCUAGAUUUUUGAUUAAAAUAGAAUGGGAAGAGAAUUCAUGGGGGAAGCAUAAAUAACAAUCAAAGACAUAUUGCAAUCUAAAAAUUCAUUAAUAUCAAUCCCAAUAAAAAGAUUCGAUAAAAGUGCUGGAUAAUUAUUAUGCAAGGCAGUAUAAAUGAAAUAAUCAAAUCAUUUUGUAUAAUGGCAAUUUUCAGGUUCAAACAUUAAAAAUAUGGAUGGUAUCUUUGGCAAGUCCGAUCCAUUUCUUAAAUUUUAUUUGCAUUCCGAUAAUGUUUGGUGUUAAAUCUAUUAAACUGAAUACAUAAAAGAUGAUCUAAAUCCAACAUGGAAAGAAUUUGAGAUUUCCUUAUAAAGGUUAUGUCUGAAUGAUGAAUACAAGAAGUUUAAAAUAGAAUGUUUGGAUAGACACGAAAAGGGAAAAAAUAAUCAAUUAAUUGGCUCAUUUGAAACAUCGAUUGAUGAGAUAUUCAAUCAAAAUAAGGAAGAGUUUUCACUUGUCUAACCUAAGGGAGGUUAAGUAGGAACUAUAAGGAUAAAGAAUAAAAAAAGAAUAUACAGAGCCAACUUUGAUGACUAUAUUAAACAAGGCACCACAUUUAACCUCAUUAUUGGCAUUGACUAUUCUACUCACAAUGGUGUUCCAUCAUUUCCAGAUUCCUUGCAUUCUUACAUAGAUUAAAAUAAUAAAUAUGGAAAAGUGAUAAGUGAUUUAGCUCAAGUCUUAGAAAAAUACAAUCAAAAAAAGCUAUUUGCAAUAUAUGGAAUUGGUGCAGAACCUCAUUUAACUAAUUAUACAUUAAAUACAUAUUAAACUUUAUUCCCAUUGACAGGUGAUUUCUAAAAACCUUAAGUUGAAGGAUAUCAAGAAGUUGCUAAUUUAUAUAAAAAUACAUUGAAACAGAUAGUGGUAAAAGGAGAUUUUCAGAUUGAAGACUACAUUAAAUAUAUACAAACUAUUGCUGAAAAUAAUGCAGGUAAGUUAAUAUACACAAUUUGUGUGAUAAUAGGUUAAGGGAAGAUUACAGAUGCUUAAGUUUUCUAAGAUUUGUUAAUAAAGGGUAAUUGUAUUAUUAAAUAAAGGAUGUAAAUUGCCUUAUUCAUUGAUUUUUGUAGGAAUGGGAAAGAAUGAUUUUUCAGAAGUGAAAAAUAUUAUUGAUAAAAUGAACAAUCAAUAACCACCAAUCAGAAAUAAUUUCACAUUCUAUGAAUACAAAGAAUAAACAAUUUAAAUGUUAUCCAAACAUUUAAUGAUCGAUAUACCAUAACAUUUGGUUAGUUAUAAAUAAUGAUCAAUAUUAUUUUUAUU